CAUUUCCUUCACCGGUAAGCUUCUCUCUCUCUUUGCGCUUUUGAUUUCUUGAAGAAACCAAUCUCUUGAAAAAUCCGGCAUAUAUUGGGGCUUAAACUGGAUCCGAAUUGGUCGGGGAUCGGAUGCAGGAUUCCGCUGUGAUAAAUUUGAUUGAUUCAGGGUAAAGAUGUAUGAUAAUGUUGGACCGCAGCUUGGUGUCCCUCGGCCACCUAAUGCUCAACCAAACCCUUUUGAAAAUUCGUUUUAUGGUGCAAGUUCGGGAUUCAUUAGAGGUGGACUGGGUGCUUACGGAGAGAAGAUUCUAGGAUCUAGCUCUGAAUAUGUGCAAAGCAAUAUCAGUAGGUACUUUUCCGAUCCACAAUACUAUUUUCAAGUCAAUGAUCAAUAUGUGAAGAACAAAUUGAAGGUCGUUCUUUUCCCAUUUCUACACAGGGGCCAUUGGACAAGAAUCUCCGAGCCAGUUGGUGGCAGGCUCUCUUACAAGCCCCCAAUUUAUGAUAUAAAUGCCCCGGACUUGUACAUUCCUUUCAUGGCAUUUGGUACCUAUUUGGUUCUCGCUGGCCUAUCAUUAGGACUUCAUGGAAAGUUUAGCCCUGAAGCCCUGAACUGGCUGUUUGCCAAGGGGCUGGUAGGCUGGGUUUUUCAAGUUGGCCUUCUGAAAAUGACAUUGUUGUCCUUGGGUAGUGGAGAGGCUCCUUUGCUCGACAUGGUGGCGUAUGCUGGAUAUACUUUCACGGGACUGUCUCUAGCUGUCUUCGGGAGAAUUUUUUGGAGCUAUGCAUACUACUUCCUGUUACCGUGGACAUGUUUGGGCAUGGGGAUUUUCUUGGUGAAGACGAUGAAACGAGUCCUUUUUGCAGGUUAUGAUUCGACUAGGCAUCAUUAUCUGUUGCUUUUCAUUGCGUUGGCGCAAUUCCCACUCCUCGUUUGGCUCGGUAACAUCAGUCUUAACUGGCUUUUUUAGACACUGCCCUCAAAUUGUAGCAAAGGAACAUUGUUCGUAUCGAAUGUAACUGUAUCUCAUUUCAUAUUUCUUCUUGGAUUCCAUAUUCAAAUCCCGCCAAUCUCUUCUAGUUUGAGCGAUUGAACUCGCAUGUGUAUAUCUGGAUAACAUGGGUGGUCAAAAUGGUUUUUUAGCUGAUUGGAUAAUUCAAUAUUCAUCUACCGUUUUUAAUUUACA